UCCCACAGUUGGCGAACUCUAAUGGAGUAUCGAUGACCAAAUCAAAAUCGGCUAAAUCCUUUGAUCAGUUGAUAGAAGACAAUGAUGACAUCACAUACAAAAUCGACGAUUGGCCGCCAUGGUACACGACCAUCAUAUUGGCUUUUCAGCAUUUCCUGACGAUGUUUGGGGGCUGCGUGACAAUACCUUUGAUCCUGGCUCCUGCAUUGUGUAUCGGCAAUGACCUGGUAGCCACCAGUGAGCUGAUUGGGACGAUCAUCUUUGUGUCAGGUCUCGUUACUUUGCUCCAAACCACAUUUGGCGUCAGACUGCCAAUUAUCCAAGGAGGAACAUUCGCGUUUUUAACUCCCACAUUUGCUAUAUUGAGUCUGCAGGGAGAUUGUCCUGCUCCUCCACCUUCUAACGCAACGGAGGCUCAGCUUGCUGAUGCCACAGAUGUUUGGCAAGAGCGCAUGCGUGAAAUUCAGGGAGCCAUAGUCGUUGCCUCUUGCUUCCAGGUCAUAAUUGGAUUUAGUGGAAUUAUGGGAUUUAUGUUAAAAUUUAUUGGACCGUUGGCUAUCGCACCGACGAUCGGUCUUGUGGGUUUGUCUCUAUUUAGUGUCGCGGCUUCCCGGGCUGGCGUACAUUGGGGAAUGUCAGUGUUAACUAUAUUACUCGUUGUCAUGUUCUCGCAGUACUUAAAAAACAUCAACGUUCCAACACCUGGUUACACUUCCAGCAACGGAUGCCACAUUACCAAGUACCCGAUAUUUAAGUUAUUUCCUAUUAUAAUAGCUAUAAUAAUAUCCUGGAUUUUAUCUGCUAUAUUCACGGCUGCCGAUGUAUUUCCAACGAAUUCAACGCAAUACGGUUAUGGAGCGCGGACAGAUCUGAACACCGAAGUCCUAAAGCAGGCGGCCUGGUUUCGAUUCCCGUAUCCUGGUCAAUGGGGAGCUCCUAUGGUUACUGUAGCCGGCGUCUUUGGCAUGUUGUCUGGUGUUCUAGCAUCAAUGGUCGAAUCUGUUGGUGAUUACUAUGCUUGUGCUCGUCUAUCUGGUGCGCCACCACCACCCGACCACGCUAUCAACCGCGGCAUCGGAAUGGAAGGCAUUGGUUGUGUUUUAGCAGGCUUGUGGGGUACGGGUAAUGGGACGACGUCAUACAGCGAAAACAUUGGGGCAAUUGGAAUAACAAAGGUUGGGAGUCGCCUUGUUGUCCAAGUGGCGGGAAUUAUCAUGAUUCUGCUAGGGACGUUUGGAAAAUUUGGUGCGCUUUUCGUCACUUUACCAGAUCCUAUCAUCGGAGGAAUAUUUUGCGUGAUGUUCGGAAUGGUAACCGGUGUUGGAUUAUCAAAUCUACAGUUUGCCGAUAUGAACUCAUCGCGGAACAUAUUCAUCAUCGGUUUUUCCUUCCUGAUGGGUUUAGCUCUGCCCUAUUGGUUUUCCAUAAAUCCAGGUAUCAUUAAUACAGGUAACUAUGUCCAGUUUAGGUUUUUAUUUUUUACAAUUCGCCUUCAAAUUUGGUGCUUGUGUGUAUGACGGGUCUAGUAUUGGGUUACCCCGGUGUACUGGUCCAUCUCACAGCCCUUGUCACUUCGGGACAAAGCCUUCACAUAUAUUCCAAGAAGAAGAAAAGAAGAAAGAUUGAUGAUGGUUAGCGGAUUUUUUUUAUUUUUUAUUUUUUAAAUGGUCUUGGUUAGAAAGGUCUCCAAUUGGAGGAAAAGCUGUAUAGACCCAAGUACGCUUUCCUAAUAGGCCUACUUGUUUGUAAUAUAUUUGGGAAUAUUUUUAUCAUGUAAUUAACUGAACAAAUUUGAAAAUUUAAAGUCUGAGAAAAUCGCAGCAUAUACCCACAAAAUCAAAACAAUUCAAAUUAGUAGGCCUAUUGUUCCAUUCAAAUUCAUUUAAAUAAUUUUGGCUUCUCCCUACCCCGAAGAAGAAUCCCGGAUCCGAUCCUGGUUGGGAACGAGUGUAGGCCUAACUAUACAUUCACCAGUUACUUGUGAUUGUAUUUAUGAUUACUCCUUAUAGAUGGUACUGCCAUAAUGCCCAAUUAUAAUGUAUGUAUAUAUGUAUGUACAGUGGAAUUUAUAUAGCGUAUAAUACUGAACUAUUUAUAUAGCACAUAAUACCAAACUAUUUAUAUAUUUAAAAAAUCAUUUGGUUUAAUACGUUGUUUUAUAUAUUUCCAUUGAA